AUCCACCACAGCAAACCAAUUAAACGCCACCAAUAUCAUCAUCAUCACGUAGCAUGCAGCAGCAACACAACACCAUCACCAAACACCAACAAUAACAAUAUUGAUGGUGCAGCUGGAUCAGGACAUAGAAGAGAUGUUCUGAUUGGACUUUGUGGCGGUGCUGCCACCACUCUUUUCAACAUUAACAAUCCUUUAGCCGCCAUUGCUGCUCCGGUGUUACCAGACUUUAACAAUUGCGGUCCAGCAACACUACCUAAAUGUCCAAGGCCUCCCUACGAUUGCUGUCCACCACCAAAUGUCUCAGGAUCUGUCAAAACUUUCCGGCUACCGCUAGGCAUUCGCCAAUCCAGGCGGAUAAGACUGCCGGCACAUCAGCUGCCUCCUGAAUAUCUAUCCAAAUACAAGACAGCCCUUAACAGGAUGAAAAAUCUUAAAGAUGAUGACCCUCGCAGUUUCAAGAACCAAGCCAAAGUCCACUGCGCUUACUGUAACGGUGCCUAUCACCAAAUAGGGUUCCCUAAUGUUGAAUUUCCAGUCCAUAAAUCGUGGCUCUUCUUGCCUUUCCACCGUUGGUACCUCUAUUUCUUCGAGAGAAUCUUGGGUCACUUGAUCGAGGACCCGACCUUUGCCAUUCCAUUUUGGAACUGGGAUGCUCCUGAUGGCAUGACAAUGCCUUUUGAUUUCACUUGUGACCCUAAUUCACCUCUCUAUGACCCUCUCCGUAACACCAAUCACAUGCCAGCAACACUCAUGGACCUUGGCCGCGGCCUAGAAUGCUUGGGCAAUGUCCACAAAGAAUGCGUGCCCAAUGUCCACACCAACCUCACAAUCUUGCACAGAGUCUUUGUGGACAAUGGAAAGACCCCAGGAGACUUCCUCGGUGGAGCUUACCGUGCUGGCGAAACUGCCUUCCGUAAAGGCUCUCUAGAGAAUCUUCAUGAUAGUAUCCAUCAAUGGACAGGUGAUCCAAACCAGCCUAACGGUGAGGACAUGGGAAGUUUCUACUCUGCUGCUAGAGACCCCAUUUUCUACGCUCACCAUGCAAAUGUUGAUAGGAUGUGGUCUGUGAGGAACGAACUUGGACUUGGUGGAACUACUUUCAAUGACCCGGAUUGGCUACAAUCCGGCUUUUUCUUCUAUGAUGAGCAUAAGCAACUUGUCCGUGUUAAUGUCGGGGAUUGCCUUUUCACGGCCGAUCUCGGUUAUGUUUACAAAGACGUGGACAAUCUGUGGACAGACCCUAAAUAUGCGCCUAAACCAGCCAAGUCAAGGGCUCAGAGGUUGGAAGAACAGGCUAAGCGCGCACCGGUCAGUUUAAGGAAGAACUAUGACGAUGUCAAGUUCCCACUGGCUUUAGAUGAGGCUGUGACUCUCGUGCUGAAGAGGCCCCAGAAAUCGAGGAGCAAGAGCGAAAAGGAGGAAGUGCAAGAGGUUUUGAGUCUUGAAGGGAUAGAGUUCGAUAGCAGCAUGUCUGUGAAGUUUGAUGUGAUUAUCGAUGAAGAAGAUUACAAGCUGGUGAACGCAGGGAAUGCAGAGUUUGCAGGAAGCUUUUUGAGCGUGCCACAUUCUGGUGGUGAUAUGAACAUGAAUAUGAAAACUGAUUUCAGACUUGCUUUGACCGAUUUGUUGGAACGUUUAGAAGCUGAGGAUGAUGAGAGUGUGCUGGUCACGUUGGUUCCCAGGGAUGGGAGAGGGAUCAAAAUCCAAGGGAUCAAGAUAGAGCUUAUAUAAUUAAGUACUAUAAGAUUGAAAAUUCCAACCAUCCACUUGUAUAUGUGGUGGUACUGGUAAUGCAUGCAUAUGGGUGAGAAGAAUAUGAUUUUCCAGUAUCUAUUUUUAUGUUUUCUUUUAACUGUAUUUUAUAUGUUUGAAUAGGUGCCUGUGGCACCUUAAAUCAAGUUAAUAAAUAUCCAUGUAUUACGAGUCGGUAAGUAUAUAAUUUUCCUAUAAAAUAUUUUGUUCAUUGGAUGGUGAA